AUGACUGUGAAGCAUCUCUCGGUGGAUUACAACAAAGUGAAUGAACGAGGCACCUUCUCUCCCGGGGACACCAUAUCUGGGAAGGUGACAGUGGUGACCAGCAAGGAGACUAAGGUGCAGUGUUUUGUUGUCAAAGCCAAAGGAAAAGCUAAGGUGGCAUGGUCUGAACAAAAUGGACAAGUCACAGAGGUUUACAGCGACAAAAAGAAAUACUUUUACUUUGAACAUAUUAUUCUUCAGGACAAAAACAAAGGCGACGGUUCAGAAAUCAUGGGGCAAGGGAGAAACGUGUUUCCAUUCAGCUUUGAGAUCCCAAAUACAGAUAUGCCUUCGUCCUAUGAGGGGAAAUGGGGCAAAAUUACAUAUAGCCUGCGAGCAAAGCUGACUCUGUCGAUCUGGAGUGUCCACAAAAGCAAGACUGAGUUCCCUUUUCUGACCAAGUCUGAGUUCCCCUUUGCCUCUAAAUCAGAUAUGAUAAUCAUGGAACUCAAGGAGCAACAAAAUGCGACCAGGAUUUCCUUUCAUGGCUUUGAAAAAGUUACCAUGAAUGUUACCUCUGAAAAAGUGGGAUUGAAGCAAGGUGAAGCAAUGGGGGUCUCUGUAGAAGUAAUCAAUGAAACAGCCCGCACAGUAACACCGAAACUCUACCUAUGUGAGAAGCAGACCUUUGCUGCUCAGUCAAAGAGGAUAGUGCACACAGAUGAGAGCAUGUUUGGGACUGGAGACACUGUUCCAGGUGGGACGAGCCAAACUAUAACCAAAGUUCUCAGUAUUCCUCCUCAGCUUCCCCCGACCUUCUUCAACUGUGGCAUGAUGAAGCUGGAGUACAGGUUCAAGGUCACUCUUGAUGGCUUUCCUGCAAGUGCUCCAGAGAUCAAACUUCCUCUGGUCAUUUUGCUGGGUUUGCCAAAACCUCAUCAACAAAAACCAAAAAGAUCCAUCUGGUUCCGAAAGCUCCCUGGUUAAGAACAAGAUGAAGAGCUAGUGCUGUGAAUGCUGUAUGACAACGCAGUACAAUUAAAAGACUCAAUUAAAAACAGAAGACUGUUCAUCGUACUUUCUUUUAAAACAGAGAUGAUUUUACUUGUGCAUAAUAACACUACAUUAUUGGUUUGACUGGAGUGUCAGUGGUACCGAAGAUAUACUGCACAUUUACGGAAUUUUCUGUGAUAGGAUUGAUGGAAGAGUUUGCAAAUGGUACUGACGAUGUAUUGUAAAUUUACAGAAUUAUCUGUUUUAGGGUUGACGGAAAUGUCUGUAAACGGAAAGUGUACUGGUAAUUUUCUGCCAGGACAUUAAACAAUAUUUUACGGGUCUUUUUUCUUAGAAUGUACCUUAAAAGGCUUAAGACUGUGCUUAUUUAAUAAUCUCUUGUCCACUGGAUGGAGAUGCUUGUCACUUAGCAGUGUACCAGGAACUAUUCAUUUAAAUGCAAGUGCUCUUAUCCAUUAGUCAGAAUUCCAAAAAUCUUUUUUAAAAAGCUUUAUUUUAAGUACUGGC